AUGACGCCCGAUCUAUCUUUACCAUCUCGAGCCCCCGAACUCGGCCAAUACGACGAUUGCAACUGGGACGACGCAGCAUUCGCUGUCUAUACUCUCCUCGGCGACAAAGUAUCGGUUCAAGAUGUUGCUUCGGUGCUAGAAAAACAAUGGUUAGAUCAGGGCAAUGAGAAGCAUCUCGUGCGCCCCGCAGAGCCUACCGCAAAGUUUGAGACUUUGCAGGAAAUUGUCCAAGCGCAUAUCAACUUGGAUAAGGGCAGGCAACCUCACAGCGAUGCCGUCUUCGAUCUAGAAUGGUGGCCAACAGCCUUCAUCGUCGUCGUCAGGGAGGACUGGAGAACGAAGACUGGAGGACUAUUGUUUGUUUUCGCCGACGAUGAGAACGAUUGCGAAAUGGACAAAUUCUAUUUCAACAUCGAAGACGCCUACAUGAUGCUCUCGAGUCUAAGCUUUGGGGAUGAGGAGUUGUCUGAUAUCGAUAUGUCAGUGAAAAAUGUGGUUGUAGAUUGGAAAUGA